CAGCAGGAGCAGCCCCGGCUGCGGGUCGCGACGGCGGCGGGGCGCCCCCUCCCCCGUGCCGGGGCGCGGCGGAGGGAUGUGGGGCUUUGCGGGAGGGAGGCUUUUCGGCAUCUUCUCGGCCCCGGUGCUGGUGGCGGUGGUGUGCUGCGCCCAGAGCGUCAACGACCCUGGGAACAUGUCCUUUGUGAAGGAGACGGUGGACAAGCUCCUGAAAGGCUACGACAUUCGCCUGAGACCCGACUUCGGGGGUCCCCCGGUCUGCGUGGGGAUGAACAUCGACAUUGCCAGCAUAGACAUGGUUUCUGAAGUCAACAUGGAUUACACCUUAACCAUGUAUUUUCAACAAUAUUGGAGAGAUAAAAGGCUCGCCUAUUCUGGGAUCCCUCUCAACCUCACACUGGACAAUCGAGUGGCUGACCAACUAUGGGUACCUGACACGUAUUUCUUAAAUGACAAAAAGUCAUUUGUUCACGGAGUGACAGUGAAAAACCGCAUGAUCCGCCUUCAUCCGGAUGGGACGGUGUUGUAUGGCCUCAGAAUCACCACAACAGCAGCAUGUAUGAUGGACUUGAGAAGGUAUCCCUUGGACGAGCAGAACUGCACUCUGGAAAUUGAAAGCUAUGGGUACACCACAGAUGACAUAGAGUUUUAUUGGCGUGGGGGCGAUAAAGCUGUCACUGGAGUGGAGAGGAUUGAGCUCCCCCAGUUCUCCAUUGUGGAGCAUCGGCUGGUCUCCAGGAAUGUCGUCUUUGCCACAGGUGCCUACCCUCGGCUCUCCCUGAGCUUCCGGUUGAAGAGAAACAUCGGAUAUUUCAUUCUGCAGACUUACAUGCCCUCCAUACUCAUCACAAUUCUCUCCUGGGUGUCCUUUUGGAUCAAUUAUGAUGCAUCUGCUGCAAGAGUUGCACUUGGGAUCACCACCGUGCUGACAAUGACCACCAUCAACACGCACCUGAGGGAGACAUUGCCCAAAAUCCCCUACGUCAAAGCCAUUGACAUGUACCUCAUGGGUUGCUUUGUCUUUGUGUUCCUGGCCCUUCUGGAGUAUGCCUUCGUUAACUACAUCUUCUUUGGAAGAGGCCCUCAGAGGCAGAAGAAGCUUGCGGAAAAGUCAGCCAAGGCGAAGAAUGACCGGUCAAAGAGUGAGAGCAACCGGGUGGAUGCUCAUGGAAACAUUCUGUUGACGUCGCUGGAGGUUCACAAUGAAAUGAAUGAGGUUGCAGGCAGCGUCGGUGACACCAGGAAUUCAGCAAUAUCCUUUGACAACUCAGGAAUCCAGUACAGGAAACAAAGCAUGCCCAGAGAAGGGCAUGGGCGACACUUGGGGGACAGAGGCAUCCCGCACAAGAAGACGCAUCUACGGAGGAGGUCUUCGCAGCUCAAGAUCAAAAUUCCUGAUCUAACCGAUGUGAAUGCCAUAGACAGAUGGUCCCGGAUCGUGUUUCCAUUCACCUUUUCUCUCUUCAACUUAGUUUACUGGCUGUACUAUGUUAACUGAGUGACUGUACUUGAUUUUUCAAAGACUUCAUUUAACACUGAGUGAAAUAUUACUCUGCCUGUCAAGUUUUUAUACCUGUGUACACACACAGAUACACACACAUGCAGACACACACAUAUAUACAUACACAAUUGUAUAUAUAUGUGAACUUUCUCAGCAUAUAUAUAAAGUACACGUGUAUAUGAGGAUGUAUGUGUAUGUGUUUAUACACACAGGUGGAAGGGCCUAUGUGUACAUACCACAAAUACACAUACAUACAUACAUUUUGCAGCUAUGGACAAUUUAACACAGGAUGCAUAUUAAAGAGAGUCCGAGUUUGCUUUUUUCUUUCUUUUUUUUUUUUAAUUGAAAGGGACAAGUAUCGUCUAAACAUUAUGCCUUGAGAAUGAGGGUGUGAAACACAGUAUCAUCCCAAAACAUGUCUUUUCUUAACAUCCGUUAGGUGGUUUAGUUGAAAAAAAAAAAAGUCCAAAGGAGGCUCUUAGUUAAUCUCUACAAACUCAUUCAGUGGUAUUGGCUAGUUCGAAACAAGUCACACGUUUUCAUAUCCUCACAGUUUACUAAGCAAAGUUUUCUUUGACUCUUUUGGCCAUGGGGUUUGCUUGCGUUGAGCAUAUGUUUUCUGUAUGAGUGUAGUGGGUGAGGUGAGUCACCAUCAUGCACACACCUGCUGUCUUAGAUAGAUCCCAUGGGGAUGUCUGAAUGUCCAUCUUUUGAAAGAAGGAAAAGGAAAAAAACAAUCAAGAAGAAAUAGUAUCUUGUUGUAAGUACUCUGAUGUACAGUAUGUAUUUAUUCAUUCACUCAGAGUGGCGCAUUCUGACAGUAUUUAGUUGACAUUUCCAUCCCAAAACAUGUGCUCCACAUCUUGUAAGGAUUUCUAGGCCUGGUAUCUAAUGAAGCAUAGACGUCUCAGGUUAUUUGUUACUCUAAGGUAAAAUCCUAUAGGGUGAUCCCCUCCCCUUGUUUUUCUGUUCUUGAUCAUUCUUACAACAUUGUAUGUUACUGUAAGAUAUAUUUGCAUAAUAUGCAUAUAUAUGUAUAUUUACCAGGAUUUUGUUUGUUAUGCUUGCUAUCAUGGCAGCAUGCAAUGUCAUAGUUUUUUCCUUUCUGUGAUGAAACUACUUUCUGUUAUCUAGAAUUAAGAUUGAUGCUAAAACACUCCUGUUCAAUUUUAGAAACCAAGAAACAUCCUCAUGCUUUUCUUUCUGUAUCUGACAUAUUUCACAAGCACAUCCAGCUCCUCUUAGAUGAUCACUGCAGGAACAUAACCAGUAUACAACAUGUAUCACCCCGUGACCCAUGGACCGUUCUCUUGAGGCCAAGGAGAGCAACCUGACAACAAACACAGUCACUUUGGGUUACUUCUGAUCCACAGCCUCAUCAGUAUUUGGACUUUUUAAAGCUCGUAGAACCAAGACAAGGUGCACCGGUUUCAUAGACGCAACCUUAACUUAAUAUUUAGAUGAGAUCUUUCUAAAGAAAAAAAAAAGAGAUGAUAUAUUUUUUGUAAACAAUAUUUCUAUCACAGGCAUCCAUAAACUGAAGUGACUACAGUUGUGCAAACAGAUGUCACAGUGAAGUUAAGCAUUUGGAGAACAAACAAACAAGCAAAACAUUCAGGAAAGAACUGCUAAAUUAAUACUUUUAUCCCCAAACACCACAUAUGCCACACCCUCUCUGUUCUAUAGGUAAUCAGUGAGCACCGUCCUGAACAGUACUCUUGCUCUGUCACAUCAUAAGUUAGAUGUUCUGUAGAUAUAGGCACAGCCAUCCACAGGGAUGCAUGUGAUGGAAUUGUCACUGUGAGCUGACCACUACUUGGUUUUUCAUUGACGGCCAUCUUGAAUGUGUGGGCAUGAGACAGUUCAGGACAUGCUGACAAGUAAAACAUAACCCACAGAGUCUCACGCUAGCAGCCAUGAUCAAAUGGCAGCCCCUAACCCCUCCUUCAUUAUGAUCCCAAGAUAAUUCACUGUUCUCCUUUUCCUGGCCACUACUCUCUGAUUUUAUUUAUGUAGUUGCUUAUCUUCUAGAGAUGAGUCAGUGAUUUCUUGGUCUUUGGCUUUUCUCUGGCAAUUUUAUUUUUCUUCCAUGGGUAACAACGGGGGAUUCUAAAAGUUUAACAGUUUGGGAAAAACCUUGUAAGUGGCCUUAUCAUUAUUAACAUGUUAAAGGAAAACAACAACAAAAAAGACAUUUGUGAAGACCUUAUCCCUUUCAAUACUUCAAGGUAUCUUUUCUGUAUCCAGUGAUUCAAGGAGUGCACUCCACAUGCAGAAGAGGGACCCCAAAAUGCGAAUGAACAUGGACUAAACAAAACAACAACAACAACAAAAAUGUACAAUUUAUACUUCUCAGAACUGUGACAUUAAUUCUCUCUGGGAGAUAAAGAGAUUCACAACGUUUUUGAUGCAUAGCUGAGGUAUACCACUAUCAAAGGCAGAGACCCCAAUGGGACUCAGAAGAACUGCAGUCUACUUCCCAAGGUUUUCUGGAUAUAAAUUUGCAUGGUAUAGUCAUAAUAGCUUUUGAGCUUUUUAUAUGCAUUUGGCACCAAGACUGGGAUCCACAACUUUAUAGACACUGCGAUGACGUUAACAUAAUAGCUAUACUAUAAAUAGUGUUUGUAACUACACACCCACACACAUACACACAUGAAUACAUACAUAUAUUCUGUAAAAAACACACAUACACACACACACACACACAACUUUUUAAGAUCCUUGAGUAUGUGUUUGCUUUACUCCAUUUCAGAAGAAAAACCACUUUUCUUCUAAGGAAAUUAUUUUAUAGCUUCUCCAUUUUUUAAAGUUGUGAGAAAGACUGAGAAGCAGGAUGCUGUGCUGCCUGAAGACAGUUGAAUUUGGUUCUCUGUUCUGUUCAAUGACCUCUCAUUACUCCACAGUAACUCCUGGAGCCACUGAGUGAGCCACAUAGAGGAAUUCUGAACCUGAACCUCUGACAUCACUGGGGAGUGAUCUUUGACCCACAUCCAGGCCUCUUGAGUAAGGAGAGAAAAUUUGAAUUUGGAAUAUAAUGCUAUUUCUUUCUCAACAACUGAACGUAAUAAAAGGUUAAUUUUU